GAGAUGUUCCUUUCACUCGCUGUCCAUACACCCAAGGACACGAGCGCGGCAGUGGGACGCGUGAGUGCGUCCUUCCAGCCCGCAAACGUAGGCAGGGAAACAUACAGGCAUCAAGACUUGACUGGAAAGAGCGCCUUUUAAGUCACUCAGUCGUUACCCUUCGGAGGGGGAGGGCAGGAGCGGGGCGGAGUGAGAUGAAAUUCCUGGAGCCAAGCUGCUCUGGGAAUGAAAUGAGCCAGACCGGCGGCCCGGGGUGGGCCGGUUAGCUGAGGAGCGGGGGGCCGGCUGCAAGGGCUGCGCUGCGCGCCAAGUUCAGGUGCGAGAGCGCGCUCCCGGAGGGUGGGCUUGGGAUUUCCCCGCACCGCCCCGUCCGAGUGUUCAAGUCAAAUGCGAGGUUAUGGUGACUCUUGAGAGAGCCUUAUGGAAAUGGUGGUGAGCCCAGAAAAGGCAUGACACGUCCAUUCUCCAGGUUUUUGAAGAGUAAAACAGGAAAGCACCAUGAUCCCGCCUAUUAUGCCGAGGAAUCCGCGAGUCUUCCAGACCCACCCCUGCAGCACUGAUGCAAAGAGGACAAGUCGUCGACGUAGGGACGGGGAAAAAAAAACCAACCCCCAGGGGGUGGGGGGAGGAGGAAAAGGAGGUGGGGAGAGUAGGCACCGAGCAGUUUCCAGCCACUGGGGCGAGAGGGAAACCGUUCUGGGGAAACAAACCCCACAUAAAUAAUUGAGUUCGGAGCCCAGUGAUUUCAGAGGCUCGGAGCGCAACUCCCCAGGUUCGCCCAGGACAGGACAGAGCCGGCAAAGGGGCCGGCGACUGGACAGAGCAGCUCAGUUGGCGGGUGGGACGCUGCGCCCGGGGAAGCCCGCAGAAGCGGGAAGGAGAGCGAGCAUCCGGCAAGGGGCCCGCAGCAGCCGAGGCGGGAGGGAGCGGGCUUCGGAGGACGCCGUGCGCGCGCUGCAUGGAUCGCGUGCGUCUCUCCGUAGGACCCCGCGCGGGGCCGGAGGGCAACUCCAGCCCAUGGUGGCCUCUGACCGUCAGCGGUGUCAACACCAGCCGGGAAGCGGAGGCGCCCGGGGAAGGCGGCGGCCCGCAGGAGGACGUGCGCAACGAAGGGGUGGCCAAACUAGAGAUCGCCGUCCUGACCGUGACCUUCGUGGCGACAGUGCUGGGUAACAGCAGCGUGCUGCUGGCACUGCACCGCACGCCUCGCAAGACGUCGCGCAUGCACCUCUUCAUCCGCCACCUCAGCCUGGCCGACCUGGCCGUCGCUUUCUUCCAGGUACUGCCGCAGCUGUGCUGGGACAUCACCUAUCGUUUCCGCGGACCCGACGGGCUGUGCCGCGUCGUGAAGCACCUGCAGGUGUUCGCCAUGUUCGUGUCGGCCUACAUGCUGGUGGUCAUGACCGUCGAUCGCUACAUCGCUGUGUGCCACCCGCUGAAGACCCUGCAGCAGCCGACGCGCCGUUCGCGCCUCAUGAUAGCUGCCGCCUGGGUGCUGAGCUUCGUGCUGAGCGUGCCGCAGUACCUGGUCUUCUCCAUGGUGGAGGUGAACAACGUCACCAAAGCCAACGACUGCUGGGCCACCUUCAUCCAGCCCUGGGGUCCCCGUGCCUACGUGACCUGGAUGACCGGCAGCAUUUUCGUGGCGCCCAUGGUCAUUCUGGGAACCUGCUACGGCUUCAUCUGUUACCACAUCUGGCGCAACGUCCGCAGAAAGACCGUGUCGCGCCAGAACGAGGGCGCCGACGGCGCGGGGGACGCCUUCCGCAAGGGCAUCCUUCGUGCCCCGUGCAUCAGCAGCGUGAAGACCGUUUCCCGGGCCAAGAUCCGCACAGUGAAGAUGACUUUCGUGAUCGUGACGGUUUACAUAGUUUGCUGGGCGCCCUUCUCCGUCAUCCAGAUGUGGUCUGUCUGGGAUGAGAACUUCAACUGGGUCGAGUCAGAAAGCCCGGCAACUACCAUCACUGCAUUACUGGCUUCCCUGAAUAGUUGCUGCAAUCCCUGGAUAUAUAUGUUUUUUAGUGGCCAUCUCCUGCAAGACUGUGUCCAAAGCUUCCCAUGCUGUCAAAACACGAAGCAAACAUUCAACCAAGAAGAUUCUGACAGCCUGAGCAGAAAACAGACUUCUUACACUAACAACCGCAGCCUGACAAACAGUAUGGGUGCUUGGAAGGACUCGCCUAAAUCUUCCAAGUCCAUUAAAUUCAUUCCUGUUUCAACCUGAACCACACAUUUAUGCAGCCUGACUCUUGUAAUGGACUUUUUGGCCCAACGACUGAAGCUACAUGGAAAUCAUGAAUACAAAUGAACUUACUUGAGAUAAGCGUAAAUCAGCUUAUUAGGUACAAGACUGUGUUUCUAGUUGCAUUUUCACAUUGCUGAGACCAAAAGUUAUGAACUGUUUUAUUGGAAUGUUAAUAAAAAUACACUAAGAUCUGCGGGCAUACUUCCCAGAUAUACAUCCCAAUAGAACAGAAGUUAUAUUACUAAAGGAAAAUUCAUAACCACCCUGGCUUUAUAUUUUGUUGUUGGUUUCUUUUCUUUUUAUUUCUGAUAAAACUAAAGCUUGACUGGUUUAGAAGCCAAAUAAUGUAGGGGCAUUAUUUCCAAACAAAGCAAGAUAGAUCAUCUCUAGUUUUAGCGUUCGAAAGGAUUUAGAAGACACUUCGAGAACUGUUUACAUCCAAUAAAAUCACUUUGUGCAUCAGAAAAUGCCGCCUCAAACAGUGGCUAAGAGACAGGAUAGUGCCUUGGAGGGGCAUGAGUACCUGAGGCAUACGGAAGAGGGGGUGCCCGGUUCAGAGUGCAAAGAGGAACUUUUGUGAAAAGCUAUAAAUCACCUGUAAAUUCCCUCCUAUAAGUUCGUCAUGUUUUAUGGGUUGUGUGCUAAGAUGCUGAAGGUUAGAGAAAAUGUUGUCAACCAGCCAAUAUCUUUGUUUUUUCCCACCGAAAGGUAGUUUCAAAGCAGGUUUAUAUGAGGAAUACUCACUUUUAUUAGAAGAGUGGAAAUACAUUAACCAAGGUACUAAAUAGACUUUCUCCAGAACAUUGUAAACAUGUUUUGACCUGAAUUAUAAGGUGUCCUAUGUUAGGCUGGAUAUUAAUGUGAUCAUUAAUUCAUGUUUGGGAUAGAUAAGAGAAUCUCCUAAAGAGUGACUCAGGAUCUAGAAGGUCCCCUUACAUUUAACUAAAAAUAACUUGGUCUUUCCUUCCCAUCUCCCACCCAUAUAACAGUUUCAUAUGAGGAGAAAGACAGGGCUGAGGCAGGAUGGUGUUUUGAGAUGGAAAGAAAAAUGUUCAGCACCUAGUCCAGUUUCCUUUAUUAUUAAAUGCAUGACUUUAGGCAAGUUAGUUAAAAACACAUGAAGCCUCCAUUCCCUUGGCUGUACAAUGGAGUUCAUAACACCUCACUAGGCUGUUGUCAGGACUAAAUGAAAUCAAGAGUGUGAAAAGAUCAUAAACUCUCAAGAGCCAUACGAAUGCUAGCAGUUGCUUUUAUUAUAGUCUUGGGGCCUCAAAAUUGCACAGCACUUUCCUGUUUACUUUUCAUUAACUAGAAUUUGUCAGCUUCAUGUCUGGGAUAUAAAAUCCUAAAAUUUAAAUACAGCUCUGCUGAUUCACUGGAAAGCAUCGCCAGCAGCCAUCAAGCCUUUCGCCUAACCAGCAUUUUCCAGUUUCAAGACAGAACUUGAUUUCCUUUGAAUGCAGGUAUAGAUCAAAGCCAGUGGAAAGCAUCAGUUUAUUUCAUUUCUAAAUGUAAUUCAGAGAUGAAUUACAACACUACUUGCUCUUGUUACAGUAUUUUUUAUUAAUGAAACUCUUUGGUUUUUCUCAAGCUAUUUUGCCUAGCUCCCUUUUAGAGACCAUGCAAUGAUCUGAGGAUACAUCAUAAACAUUUUGCAUCACUUGGAGGAAGUUCUUUAAAAAAAUUUUUUAAGUUAUUUUAAUUAUUAUUAUUUAUUUUUUAUUUAAACUUUGUAGAUAAGAAAUUGAGGACUAGAGGGCAGUGGGAGAACCUGGAACCAUCAACUUCCCUCCUCUUUAUUCUAUUGCAUUUCCAGACUCUCAGGCCUUUUACUCCUGGACUGUUAUGCCUAAAAAAUGUUUGCAAAUAUUUUGUAGAGAUCAAGCCCUUAGGUUUUUAGAAUUCUGAUUUUUUAAAAUAGUGAAUAUGUCUCUUAAAGGGCACUACAAGGCACCGUAUGCACCAUCAAGUAUCCGUUCUUCAUUGAGUCAGAGCUGCAUCUCAGGAACCCUGCCCUCUGUAACACUGCCCUUUUGAUAACUUCUCUUUGACAGUUCAAAAAUUAAAGCCUUUGGGUUGAAACAAGAUGGGCCUAUUUUUUUGAUAAUUCAAAUCCCAAUAACCCCAUGAUUUUUGUACAGAUUGUUUCAAAAUGUUGACAUGUACCCCCACAUAAAACAAUUACGUUUGAAUCUUACUCCUAGGAACAUCUCUCAAGUAAGGUGCAUGUCAACCUAUCCAGCUCUGUUUUCUCCUUUUAAAUGCAUCAGGAUACAAGAUAGUAGAAAAAGGGUCAGAGAGCUGAGUGCUAGCUCUGCGCUAGGCAAGUAUAUGGCCUUAUUCUCUACAGUUUAGGCUGAGAAGCUUAUCUUUCUUAACGUUGUGUACCCAGAAAUGGCACUCAUUCGUCCCAAAACAAAAUUCCAAAUUGGAAAAGUCCUACCUGCCUAUUUUAGAAGAAAGGAGACUAUAGGUGGUAAGGAAGAAGAAUGUGCUGGGAAGGGAAGAUUUUCCUUCCUUACCCAAAGAGAAGACCAGAGAUAUUACCCCAAAUGAAGGCCCACAGUCAAGGAUAAAUGUCUUGCAUCACCUUCUUUUAUUUUGCAGUUAUCUCUGUGAACAUCCGGUAAGUACAUGGUAUUAAUGUAUCUGUGUGGAUAUGGGGAAUAUAAUAAACAAUCCACAGGCAGGGAAAAAUGGUGAUGGUAUUGUUUACUGGGAAUUUGAUAAAUAAAACAGGAUGAAAAAGAAACAUUUUAAAUACAUGUUAAGUGCUUAAUGAGUUACUAUUUGGACAUGUGUUUUUACAGUGUAGAAAUAAUUGUGAAUGAAAUUAGGGAAAUUCUUUGGUUAAUUAUAUACUUGUGCCACAUACGGAAUUCCCAUCACCAUCAAACUCUUAUGCCAUGACUGAGGGAAGGGUGUAGUUUUUAAAGAGGAAAAAACAAGGAGUCUUAAUAGCAUGAGGUACCCUCCCAAGCUUAUUACAGUGCUGAGAAUGGACAGCUACUGAUGAUUAAGAAACAACUUUAAUCUGUUACUAUGCAAGUAAAGUAAUCCAACUAGGUUAAAGUUUCAUAUUUUUCAGACUCUAAAGCCUAUAUUUUUAUAAUGUAAUUGGACAGUUGGGGCUUUAAAUUACAGUUUCAGAGUUUGACUCUACCAUUAAAGCAUAACGUGAAGCUGUUAGGGAGAAACUGAGCCAAAUCCUUCACCCCAAAUAUCAAACACUAGGCUCCUUGAAAGCUAUGUAAACUAGGUCCUUACAGAUUCGAUACUAGAGGCAACAGCUGUAUUUAGAGUAAGCCAAGGGCAGAGCAGAGCCAUCUGGGAUGUUAAUCCUGGGUGUGCAGGUCUUGAAUCAUAAGUAACAUAGGACAGUAAAUAUUAGAGAAUCAUUCUUGAUUACAAUUUCGCCUCAGCCAAUUUGAACAAAAAUUUAAGGACUAUUGAUAACAAGAGUUAUUUCCUU